AUGCUGAGCGUGGACAUGUACCCCAGUUUGACUCUGGGAGCACAAAGAAUCGGAGACUGCGUUUACAGAGACCGUCAGGCAUCAGCCCAUAUGCCGCUGUACCCUCCUGCCUGUGACAUGGCAGCCAAAGCCCUGCCGCCAAGGCUGCUGGCCCCGCCCCCUGGCCCCAAUGAGCCUGUCACCAAAACCCCGAAAGAUGAGGUGAGGAUGGAGCUGGAGAACGCGUCAUUGUGGAAACAGUUCAGCUCGGUGGGCACAGAGAUGAUCAUCACAAAGAAGGGCAGACGCAUGUUCCCCGGGCUGAGGUUAAAGCUCUCAGGCCUGAACCCAUCUCUCCGUUACAUCCUCCUCCUGGACAUCAUCCCUGCUGACAGCUCCCGCUAUCGUUUCCAAGGCGGUGGCUGGCAGGCUGUUGGUGGAGCAGAGGCGAGGCUACCAGACCGGGUUUUCAUCCACCCGGACUCACCCGCCACGGGAGCUCACUGGCAGAGCCGCACCAUUUCGUUUCACUACGCCAAACUCACCAACAACACACUGGACACACAGGGACACAUCAUCCUGCACUCGCUGCAUCGCUACCAACCCAGAAUUCAUGUAAUUGAAGCCAGAGACGUGCUGAGAUGGGGGGGAGGGCAACACUCAUUUGUUUUCCCUGAGACCCAGUUCAUCACAGUCACUGCCUACCAGAACAACAAGAUCACAGAACUUAAGAUCAACUCUAAUCCCUUUGCUAAAGGCUUCCGGGAGGACGGCAUGAACAGCAAAAAACAAAGGGAUGCACGACAGAAGCGCAAAAUGUCUGCGAUGACAGAAACCUUGGACAGGCCUAAUGUGAGUUGUGAUCCAUGCGCCCCUACUGAGGUUCUGUCACAACCUAUAGGCAACACCGGCAGCACAGACCUGCAGGACCUUGCUCUGGCCUCUCUGCCCCCAUUGCCUGACACCCCCUGUGGGUUCAGACCAGAAGAGGCCUCCUACCAGGACACAUUGGUCCCGGAGCAGCCACUAGACCUCGGUCAGGCAUUCAUGGCAUCCCAGAUGUCUGAUAUCAGCAUCUCCGUGGCCAGUGGGGUGCAGAACACACCAGGAAGCGAGGUGGCAAAUAGCAUGAUUGAGAGAUCAGACACUACAUCUUACAACUCCAACUUCCCUGCUGCUGAGCCCAACUCUUCUUCUUUUCCCUCGGCUUCUCUUCCUCAGUCAUCCUCCUUCUCCUCCCCUCCGGUCCCUGACUCUUCAGAUACAUCCAAUUCUCAGCCCCCUAUCCCUCCUAUUGACUAUCCCACCAUUCUUUCCUCCUCCCCCACGCUGUCCUCCACUUCCACCACUCCCUCUCUGCAGCAGACCUCCUUCACCUUCCCCACUCCGCCUCCUUCAAACUCCUCCUCACCACAGCCACUCCUGUCCUCCUCCUCCUCCCCUUCUGCCAACACCUAUCACACUGUCUCUGAGACUCUCAGUCCACAUACACCUACAGACCCCAUAUUUGCUGCCCAACCUCCCACAUGUCAGUCAGGACUUCAGCAUGAAAUAUCAGCUCAUUCCAUGCUUGUCCAACCUAGUCAGCUGCUGCAGGGUGAACCGAUCACCAGGGGAAAUAAUGAGCCCAACGAUCAAAGCUCAGCAGCUUUUACCUAUCCAAAUGUCCUUUCUGCAAAUCCUGUUCCAGUUACCGCUCAGCCUCUAGCUAACCAAAACCAACCAGCUCCUGGUCUGCCUUGCUCUCUACCCACUCAUGGUGGCCCCACAUCUUUUGCCUUCCCCUCUGUCCCGCCACACAUGCAAAAUCUGUCUUUUUCAAAUAUGCCUCCCAGCUCUGCCCACCCUGCCCUGCACCUCCCAAAUCUGAGCCACCAAGCCCAAGCUCCCUCCCUUGCUGCUGCCUUCCCUCCCUCCUCCUUCAUGCACCCAUCAUCCUCCCUUCCUCACCCUCCUUUCCAGCCCUCCUCUUGUUUGGCUGUCUCCUCUUCUUUCCAGCAAUCCGCCACCUCAUUGACACAAACAGCCCACCCUCAAAAUCUGCCCAAUCCCUCCACUUCCUCCUCAACCUCUUCCUACCCUCAGGUUGAAAUAGGUGCCAUCCCUCAGUUCAAUCCCGCCACCCCCUACCGACCAGAAGUGGUAUUGCACCACCCAUCCCUUCUCCCUCAGCUGGAUCCAUCACUUCCCCCGAGUCUUCCUUCCUCCACCCCUCCCCCGGCCCUCUACCCUGCCUUUCCGUCCUACCCUCUCCGGCUUCGUCAGGACCCUCACUCAUCCCUCUCCAUCCCUUUCAGGCAUCUGUACAGACAACACCAGCAUGGCCACGCCCACCCCCAGGGGUCUUACCUGGACAUGAGCACAAGAUCUGUAUUUUAG